CGGCGGCGGAAGGGGCGGUGGAAGCAGCGGCAGCGGCAGCAGCGUGGUACCGCCAUGGGCCGCAGGAAGAAGGGUUGGGGCGGCCGCGAGGGGAGGUUGUUGGUGACUUUCGACGAGGAGAGGCGGAGGGAGUACCUGACCGGCUUCCACAAGCGGAAGGUGGAGCGGAGGAAGGCGGCACUGGAGGAGAUUAAGCGGAAGCUGAAGGAGGAGCAGAGGAAGAUGAAGGAGGAGCGGCACCAGGAGUACCUCAAGAUGCUGAGCGAGAGGGAGGAGGCGCUCGAUGAGGCUGAUGAACUGGAGCACUUGGUGACAUCGCGGACAGAGUCUGUGAACAUCGACCACCCAAACCACGUUGUAACAGUGACUACCAUCAGUGACCUGGACCUCUCAGGGGCACGCCAGCUGGGACUGACCACCCCUGUGGUAAAAAUUGAUGGAUCAGAAGAAGAAAAGGGGGAAGAGAUGGUAAACAAGCCUGUAAGAACAAUGCCCAAGAAGUCCCGAAACCCAUUUCUAUCUGAAAAGAUCUCUUCUCUUACUGCCACGCUGCACAUGCACAGCCGGAAAAAGACAAAAAAAAAGAGACCCCAGCGUGGGCAAGGCUCACACAAGAAAAUCCGGAAAUCCAGCACAGGGCGAACCACAAAGACCCAGCGACGGAGGCUGACAGGCAAAAUGGGCCGUGACCAAGAUUAAUGGAGAACCUAGUGCUCAGACCAGCAGCUGGCACAGUGCUCCAUGUCUAGCCUGCUGCUGUUUGGGGCCCUUUCAUUAUAAGCAAGGGCUUUGUUUACUUGGUGCUCUGACAAGCAGUGAGCCCAGUUCAGUCGUUCUGUCACCUCUGGAGCAUUGUCCAGGAUAACUAGACAUUCAUUUAUUUCUGCAGUUGUCUCCAGCUAGAUCUCUGGGUGCCAUGGAAUCUCUAAAAACUUCUGCUGAGGGUCACAUUCUCUAUUUGGUGUAACCCUUCUGUCCUUGGGCCUCCCGUUCCAGAUCUGAUACUUGGCUUUAUCAGAGGAGAGGAUCUGAGGUGGGUUGCAACAGGCACAUUGUCAGGGCAGUUUGAGACUUAGAAGAACUCUGCUUCCACUUGUGUGUCAGUGCCCUGGCAUUUCUGCUGUGCAGUAAAUCCUUUUUCCAUGGAGACAUAUGGUGUCAUCUUGUCUCAUGUUUCUUCUCCAGUGCCACACCUGAAUGCAGGGGUACUUUUUGUUUGGUACCUGUGCCAGGUGAAAUUUGGUAACUUUGAAUAAAUUUUUAAGUCAUUCUGCUAAA